AUGAGUAAAUCAAACAGCUAUUCUCUACUUGUGAAGAGGAACAUGCAUAUCUCAGAGUUGUAUUCAAGAAAUAUCAGGAAAAGAAUAAAAGAACAGUACUGUUUCAUUAUCUAAUUCAAUUUGUAGAUAACUAAAAAAGAACUAGAAAACAGAGCCAAAAAUAUAGAUCUGCUAAGAAGGAAUUUGAAUCUGCUUUCAGAUGAAUUUAAAGAGCAAGUAACUAGAAUGAGAAAAGAGGUGGCUCAGUAAAACUCAAUGGCAAGUGAAAGAAGUGGAGACUUCAUUAAUGUUUUUGCUAAUAAUAAGGGAACAUAAGACAGUGAUGAAGAAGGAGAAGAAUCUGAUAGAGAUCUUAAUGACGAAGAAAGAGAUAUUCUUUAGCAAUUUGAAGAAAAUGACAAGGAACUCGAAAAUAUCGCUUUAGAGCUAGUCGAUGCUUUAGACGAGGUUAAGAUGAAGGCUCAAAAUAAUGAGGACUUGAUUAAGCGGCAGAACGAGCUUUUAAAGAAGACCAGGAAAAAGGCUGAGGACAACGAAAAUAAGUUGAGGUAGAAUAAUAAUCAGCUUAAAUAGACUCUUGCAAAGUAUAAAAAUGGCAAACAAAUGUGUCUUGAUAUGGCUCUCUGCCUAAUAUUUAUUGGGCUUUUGGGAGUACUGCUCAAAAUGAUGAGCUCUAAAGGCUUGAUCUGA